AUGCCGCCCAUUCUCAUCAAUGGCAACCUUGUCGAUCUCGACUCCGGCCACCCGAAAAACAGAUCCCUGGAUGAUGAUGCAGACAAAUCAGGAGAUUACAUCAUUGUUCAAACAUCCAAUGUGCUGAGCGCAGCGCAGUUGGGGACAUUGCAAGAGCUUGGAGCCCAGCUUCAGGAAUAUCUUGCGGAAAACACCUAUUUGUUUCGCUAUGCGGCUACGGACAUGACGCGCGUUCGACAAUUGGAAUUUGUCACCAAGGCCGGCGAAUAUCAAAGGGGCUAUAAAGUGAAUGGUCAUCUUCAAGCUGUAUCGAACUACGAUCCUGCUCAAGAAAAGACUGUCUAUCUGGUCUUACAUCAAGACAAGAACACUGGUCCUGAGUCAGUAGCAGAAAAUAUCGCUGCCGAGACUGGACUCUCAGUCGAUGAAAUUCAGGUGGAUGGCAAUCGUAUUCAGAUGACUGUGCCCCUGAACAAGCUAAAAGAGCUAUCUCGAAACGAUCUUGUUCGUACCGUGGAAGAAACGCCUGCAGUAGAGCUGGCGAAUACUUUCGCAAAGCAAGUACUUAAUGGGGAAGUUGUCAUCAAUGAUACAGGAUACCGAGGGGCUGGCCAAGUUGUCGCUGUGGCAGACACCGGCUUCGACAGAGGCCUCAGCGAUGAUGUUCAUCCUGCUUUUUCAGGAAGGGUCAGAGCGCUUAUUCCAAUCGGGCGUGAAGAUUCUACAAACGAUCCUGAGGGACAUGGAACCCAUUGUGCAGGCUCGAUACUUGGCGCAAAGGUGCUUGGCGGUGAGACGACGGUUGAAGGCAUUGCUCCUGAAGCAGAACUUGUGCUACAGUCACUACUUAAUGACCUCCCUCCUCCCGACGGGCCGAGUCUUUUCCCGUUGGGCAUGACCAGCGACUUGAAGAACAUGUUCACCCGACCCUUACAAGACCACGGAGCUUAUAUUCACAGCAACUCCUGGUCUAGCAAGUGGAAGGGCGCUCAGCAGCCCUACGGUGAGGCAGCAAGACAGGUGGAUGAAGCCGUGUAUGAGCAUCCUGAACUAUUGAUAGUCUUUGCAGCCGGAAACUAUGGUUACAAGACGCCAUUCGGAUCAAUAGAGGGGUACGCUUCAGCAAAAAAUUGCCUCACUGUCGGCGCAACGGACUCGAGCAGACCAAGUGCUGCUGGACGCUACGUCUCUUCAAAAACAUCGUUGAAUGAUGCUACAGAGAUUCCGACCUAUAGCUGUCGCGGUCCUACGUUCGAGGGAAGGAUCAAACCGGAUGUUGUCGCACCUGGCACAGCAAUCCUAUCUGCAAAAUCUCGCGAUGCAAUUGACAAAGAGGUCUACGGUACCUCUCUCCAAAGAGACUACAUGUACAGCACUGGUACAAGCAUGUCAGCAGCACUUGUAUCUGGCUGCGCCGCAGUUCUUCGAGAAACUCUUGUUAAAAGUGGCCUUGAACGCCCCCCGGCCGCUCUACUUAAGGCUAUGCUGAUCAAUGGUUCCUACUCUCUGCAUCAUGCACAUGGAGGAAAAGAAGGAUUUGGUCGUGUCAACCUGAAAGACUCCAUCGUCGACACAAGCGAAGCGAAAACUGCUGGCUUUGUCAUCGGACAACCGCUCAGGGACAUUUUCGACGACUACAGUUUCACGGUCGAAGUUCCUGUGAAAAUUCACUCAAAGUACAGCCCCGGUGGUCACACCCCCGAACCAACUCCGCCAGUAACUAACGGUCUCACACUCAAGGCAACACUUGCCUACACGGAUGCCCCUGGCGCAGCAUUACAGAACGAUCUCAAUCUUAUCUUGACCACCAGCGAUGGAGUCUCUCGGAACGGUAAUAUGGGCAGCGACUCAAAUAGAUAUGACGAUCGAAACAACGUUGAGCAAGUAGUUUGGAAGGCAAUUCCACCAGGCAAGGUCAGAAUUACGGUCAGAGCGGCUAAUAUUACAUCCAAAGAGCAGGACUUUGCUUUGGUGUGGAAGCUCAUUGAUUUUGACGACUGA